AGUAAAAUACUUUCAUUGUAUAUGAACCUGUAUUACACAUGAAACCAUUAUAAAAGUAAGCCGAAGAGUCAUAGAAACAAAGGCCAUGCGGCUCCAGGCCUGUGGUAGGAAGGGGGCGGCGCCUCAGGUGGCCGCCGGGCCGCCAGCACCGCCUACCAGUGACAGACUGCCGCCGAUCGUUCGCUGUCCGCUUGGUACACGUCUGGGGUGAAGGGUCACGGAGCCGGUGCAGAAAAGGACGCCCUUAAACCUCGCUGCGAUCUGCUGUUUCGUGACGGGUGGCCGUCCGCCUGAGAGGAGACCUCGGCGGCAAAAACACGCGAAAAUGGCUAAGAAGCGGAGAGGAAAGCAAGAGGCGGACGUCGAUACGACAGAAAAGCUCUCGGAGAAGGAAACGAAGCCAGGGGGCGAUUCUAUGAAAGGGCCAGUAUCCUCUAAAGGAGGCUCUGCUCGCAUGUCCCUCCUUAUUCUGCUCUUCAUCUUCACCUGCGCUGCCUCCGUCAUGUAUCUAGUGUACCAGAAUUUCCCAGAGCUCAGUGAAGACGAGCGAGAAAAGAUGAAGAUCCCCAAAGACAUGGACGAUGCCAAGGCCUUGGGCACAGUGCUGUCCAAAUACAAGGACACUUAUUACACCCAAGUGCUCAUCGCUUAUUUCGCCACAUACAUCUUCCUUCAAACCUUUGCCAUCCCCGGGUCCAUCUUCCUCAGCAUCCUCUCCGGCUACCUCUACCCCUUCCCCCUGGCCCUCUUUCUGGUCUGCCUGUGUUCUGGGCUGGGAGCUUCCUUUUGCUACAUGCUGUCGUACUUGGUGGGAAGGCCGGUCGUGCAUAAGUACCUGACUGAGAAAGCUCAGAAAUGGUCUCAGCAGGUGGACAAGCACAGAGAACAUCUGAUUAAUUACAUAAUCUUCCUCCGAAUCACACCCUUUCUUCCCAACUGGUUUAUUAACAUCACUUCUCCAGUCAUCAAUGUUCCCCUAGGUAUCUUCUUCAUAGGGACCUUCUUUGGAGUAGCCCCUCCAUCCUUUGUGGCGAUCAAUGCCGGCACCACCCUAUACAAGCUGACCACAGCCGGGGAGGCCGUGUCCUGGAACUCUCUAGCUGUGCUCGGGGUACUAGCUGUGCUUUCCAUCCUGCCCGUCUGCUUCCAGAAGAAGCUUCAGCAGAAGCUGGAGUAGGCUGUCUUCACCUCACUGCUUCACCCAGCCCAAACCCUGCAACCAUAAGCAGUUUGGAAGCUCUCCUUUGAAGCGGCUGAAUCUCCAUGUCUUUUGCCACUGGUACUUUCGCCCUUUCUCUCCUUUCCCCGUCUGUCGACUCGAGCGUUUCUCAAGAUGCUGUUGGAUUUUCACCCAUCAGCCUUUUAGAGCUCCGGCUGCUGCUCCGCAAACGGGACUCUCCUCGUCCUCAUAGUCAAUGAAGGACAGUCUUUCUUUGUCCACACCAAAACCUGCUAUUACCAUUUACUUUUAGUUUUCAAAUUUAAAGAAUAAAACAUUUGUAUUUUUUCAUGAACAAUAAGUAUUAUCUCGAUCUUGUUAAUUCGUAGCUGAAAUGUUUUUCCUUUUGAUUUAUAUUCUGAUUCCUUUGUAACACAGUAACUUCACUUGUGUUUUGUUCUUCAGUGCAGAAGCUUUAGGAUUAUAUUAUGUGUAACACCCCUUUAUAAUAUCAUUUAAAAAUGUUUUUCUUUACCAGUAAUGGUUGCGCAUUCAAAAGUCUCCAUUUUAUUUAAGUCAAUUAAGCCCUAAACAGUGGCUGUAGUAUUUCAUUAGCAUUGUUGCAUUUUUCUUUUCUAUGCUUCUCCUUUUUAUCAUUUAGAAAGUGAUAAUGUCUUCCAUUUUCCCUUGUCAGAUCACCAUGUGCAAGAAAAAAAUGUGACAUUCCAUUUCAAUGUAUUAUCACAGUAUUGCAUUAAAAAAUUAUUGCAGUAUGGUAAGAAUGUUGCCUAUCCGUAAGACACCUUAAUUUUUUAUUAAACAAAUUAAAUAAAAAAUGUUAACGCUCUUGUUUGUGCUGUACUAGGCUAGACUGGCAUCCCUAACAAAAUUCUCAGUAGGCCUGUAUUUUUCCGACCAGUUGCUGCACUUCAUAUUUGAGACGCUAGGUGGCAAGCGAAUUAAAGUUAUGCCUAUCACAGUC